AUGGGGGACUGGAACCUGUUGGGCAGCAUCCUUGAAGAAGUGCACAUCCACUCCACCAUAGUUGGCAAAAUCUGGCUCACAAUCCUGUUCAUAUUCCGGAUGCUGGUGCUGGGAGUGGCUGCCGAAGAUGUCUGGGACGAUGAGCAGUCCGAGUUCAUCUGCAACACGGAGCAACCCGGCUGCAGCAACGUCUGUUACGACAAGGCCUUCCCCAUCUCUUUGAUCAGAUACUGGGUGCUGCAGAUCAUAUUUGUCUCUUCUCCAUCGCUAGUUUACAUGGGCCAUGCGCUCUACAGAUUAAGGGCUCUCGAGAAAGAGCGACAGAAGAAGAAAGCCCACCUGCGGGCUCAGCUAGAAGAUCUGGAGCCCAUGCCUGAGGAACACAGGAGAGUGGAGAGGGAGCUGCGUAAGCUGGAGGAACAGAAGAAAGUGCAUAAGGCACCCCUGAGAGGGUCCCUGCUGCGCACCUACGUCCUACAUAUCCUGACCCGGUCGGUGGUCGAAGUGGGCUUUAUGAUAGGUCAGUAUCUUUUAUACGGGUUUCACAUGUCCCCCCUUUACAAAUGCACUCGGCCCCCUUGCCCUAACACGGUGGAUUGUUUUGUGUCCCGACCCACAGAGAAGACCAUCUUUAUGAUUUUCAUGAACAGCAUCGCCGCGGUCUCCCUGUUCCUCAACAUCCUCGAAAUCGCCCACCUGGGCCUCAAGAAGAUCCAGAAGAGCCUCUACGGGCGGCCGCGGCGGCCGGCGGGCCCCGCCGAGGAGGAGACCGGCCUCUACAACUCCAAGAAGAGCUCCGUGCACGGCGGAGAGCUCCGCGCCGCCCCGCCGCCCCGCCGCCGGCACAGCGCGGCGCAGCACCACGGACAGCAGCCGCCGCCCUCCUCCAGCAGCGAGGAGGCGCCGCGGGCCGCGGCGGGCGGCGGCCCCGGGGCGGCGGGGACGGCGGUCGCAGCCCGCCGGGCGCCCCGCAAGCACAGCCGGGUGAGCGUCUGCCGCGACUUCGAUGAGGAGCGCGGCGAGUCGCCGGACAGCGGGCACUGCCCGGGCACCCGCAAGUCCAGCUUCCUCUCCCGCGUCCUCACCGGGAGCCGGGCGGGCAGCGACAGCGAGAGCGCCGCCUCCCGCGGUGGCUCCGGCCCCGGCUCCGGCGCCGGCUCCGGCUCCGGCUCCGGCUCGGAGGGGAAGCGCCGCGAGGAGGGCAGCCCGCCCAGCAGCCCGCCGCCCGCCGCCGCCACCGGACGCCGCGUGUCGAUGGCAAGUAGCCCCCCGCGGCCCCCGGGGUAG